AUUCAUUCCUUCUUUGCCAGAGGCGAAAACGUUUUAAACGCAUUUCUUUCAGUUUGUAAUAUAUAGGCUGUUCCCUCUUCUCUCUCUCUUUUUUCCUUUGGCUGAUUCCUUAGGAACCGGUGGAUCAAGUUUUUUUUUUCUUUUAGUUAAUCGCCCUGUUAUGUAUCGCAGCCACUGACCUUCUUUUUUCCAUUUUUCCCCCUUCGCCGUACCUAACAUUCCUACUCACUUUCUCCAUUUUUUUUCUUGCUCCCUCUUAAUUUUUUAAAAAUGCACCUGCUUUUGUUUGUGUGCGUCUUUACCUGGACAAAGCUGCCGCUCGCGACUUGUGUGUUGACUGGGGGUCUGCAGCCGAAAAGGAAAUGUUGACAAGAUUUGGAUGGAGGAGCCGAUUUUUUUUCCCCCUCAUAUUGCCGAGCUUAAUCAUUUAGGUGGUUCAACGUGUCUUCCUGUUCUUACUGACGCACGUCUUACAUUCGCUCAUUUUUAAACGAGUUAACUUGUAAGGUUUUUAAAGAAGGGGGGAAAAAGUCAAAACGGCGGUGACAGUCGUCAGGCAGACCUAUCACACGAGGGGGAACCGAGGAGACCACAUAACCUUGUUUUGAAGCAACCUUCGCGUGUUUUAUUUAUGAGGAUGUACAGACUGUCCUGUUGAGUGAAGGUGAUUAUUAUAAGACAUCUUCGGAGGAACUGAGCCGUUCUAAAAGUGGACUUAAAAAAAAAAAAAACGCUUUCAAGGAAAAGCAACUUACAGAGCGAAGCGACACUAGAAGGAAGCCCACCUUGAACCAGGGAAGCGACAUUUAGACUUUCUCCGAUUCUGAGAAAACCCUGUCCCUCGACUAUGGAAACAGAGGCUGCUGAUGGCUACCUGACUAGUAACGGAGAUCUUUCUUCCCGAGAGGAACACACCAGAAUGGUGGUAGAUCUUUCCUGUAAUGCAGCUAAUGGUCGACAUUCACCAGCAAGGAAAACAUCAAGCUGGAAGAUCAAAGUGAGGAGGAGUCCGAAACUAGAGUUGUCGAUCAGGAGGAAGAAGCCCACACUGUGGAGGAGGCGAGUGGGGUAGACGAUGCACUAAUGGGAAGCCCCAACGGACUCCAUGACACCAGCCAGGGACCGGAUGGAAAUGUUAAUGGAGGAAUCCGACUGCCCAACGGUGAAAGACCAUUCCACUGCAAUCAAUGUGGUGCUUCAUUCACUCAGAAAGGAAACUUGCUGAGACACAUUAAGCUUCACACGGGAGAGAAACCCUUCAAGUGCCCGUUCUGCAGCUACGCGUGCCGGCGACGGGAUGCACUUACUGGGCACCUCAGGACUCACUCAGUGGGCAAGCCACACAAAUGCAACUACUGUGGGCGGAGCUACAAGCAACGCACGUCCCUGGAAGAACACAAGGAACGCUGUCACAAUUACCUGCAGAGCAUCAGUGUGGAUCCUGCGGCACAUGCUGGGGCCCACCAAGCACCACAUGUGGAAGAAGGGAAAGAGCAGGAAGCUUUGGACGAAAGGAUGUCGUUAGUGCCUUUUGAAAGACCACCAGUUAUUGAGCGGCUAAACAGCAAUGUCGGGAAGCGAAAAAGCACAACACCUCAGAAAUUUGUGGGUGAGAAGCAUAUCCGGUACGGCUACCCAGACAUGCGUUUUGAUAUGAAUAUGAAGUACGACAAAGACGCUGAGAUGAUUCAUAUGAUGGACCAGGCCAUGUCCUACUUGGGGACCGAUCCGAUGCGCCCUCUCUUACACCAUCCACCGGUCUCCAUGGCAGACGUCGUGCCCAUGAUGAACCCUCUUUACUCUCAGGUCUAUCAUGCAAACAGGAUUGACCGUCCAAGUGGCAAAGAAGCGGUUCCAAUGACUCACGAUUUUCCAGCCGAUGGUCCGAUAUCUCUGAUCAGACCAAAGAUCAUCUCAAUGGAGCGAGAAGCAUCUCCGAGCAAUAGCUGCCUGGAGUCGGUCGACUCGGAGAGCAGCAGUCAUGAAGAACGCUUGAGGUAUCCAAGCAGCCAAGCAUCAAGUGCCAAAGCUAAACAAAGUCCUGCAUACUCCAAAGACGAGCAGACCACCUUAGAUAUGAGCAAGACUGCGACUGCGGCUGCGGCGAUCACCACGGCCGUGUGCUCCCCUAAAGACGUCUACAAGGUAUAUAAUGGAAACGGGGACCACAUCAAGGCAUUCAAGUGUGAGCACUGCCGCGUGCUCUUUUUAGACCACGUGAUGUACACCAUACACAUGGGUUGCCAUGGCUACAGGGACCCUUUGGAGUGCAACAUAUGUGGCUAUCGGAGUCAAGAUCGCUACGAAUUCUCAUCUCACAUGAUUCGUGGAGAGCACAUAUUCCACUAGUUGGCGCGAAGUGUUGCCCAAAAUCAUGUCAGAUUUUAGAGGGUAUGUGGACAGGAUGCGAAAGAUGAAGUUCUGUGCUUUUUAUCGUUUAUUGUCAUUUUUCAGAAAACGACUUCCGGUCAUAUAUUGACUUGUGUCUAUACGUGUGUUUUUAUUACAAUUUCUAAUUUUUGGCUCUUUGUAAUUAGUUACACAGUUGCAGUCCUGUAUCUUACUGUAUUUUAUGCAUAUUUGUAGGAUUUUCUCAGGUACAUCUAAAAAAGGUAAAUAAGAAUUUGUUUUGAUCUACAUACGUCAGAUAGCUUAUACAGCGGAAAUGAAUUCAUGGUAGAAGACAAUUUCUUUCUUGGAAGUGCAUGUCUGAGAGAGAUAAAGAUAUGAAUAUGUCUCUAUUUGAAGGACGGUACACAAUAUUGGCAAAGUUACCUGCAAGCAUUAUUAUGUUGGAGGACGCCCCACUGCGGCUUUCGUAAGAUUUGAUAAAUGUCUGAAAAUUAUAGCGAUAUGUCCUCAUUAUAGCGAUAUGGCCUUUGAUUUCAUCACCAAACACCGCCUGCUCUUUCACGUAACAUUAAACUGCUCAGGCCAAGAACUGCACACACUGAUGGCAGCCCCUUUUGUCAUCGGCUCGACUAAUCUUUUAUACGCAACUCUGCGUUAUUACAAUAAAAACGUAUUUACGAUGUCACGUUUACCUUGAUUAUGCUGACAGUGUGCAGAAGUGUCAUUCAAAAUGUGGGGCAUAUUCUUAAUGUUCAUAAAUUGCUACCUGAAGAACAUCUGGGGCGUCAGUGUUUGGUGACUUCAUGGCCGAUAAAUGCUCAAUUAAAAGGACUCGUAAAGUGACGUGCGGCCCCUUGACGUAAUGGUUUAGAAUGAAGGGGAGUUGUCAUGGGGGGUAUCGCUUGUGACAUUUAUUCACUUUCAGUUUGUAAUGUCUGUCAUUUACAGGAUGGCCACCAGUAUCAUAUGUGUUGUCCGUCCUGGCAUGUGAAGGAUAAACCUUUAAUUACCUCACUCUCGUAAUAAUGCGCAGAGCACAAAAGGGUUUAGCGUUAAAUCCUCUUCACGUAGGAAGCGAGACCACUCGUAACGGGGGUUAUUAUGAAGAAUUAAGGGCAUUUGGUUUAAUAUACUUUUUAUUAUUUUAAAAUGAGCCUACUGAAACGGCCUCUGGGUCCUGAUUUACGCCCACCCACGCAAUCAGUGUGGGACUUUAAUUGGGGGCACUUUGAAGAGUUUUCCACAUUUUCACAUUCAGAAGGUCCUACUGCUAAUUCUGCUGCUCAGCCUGACAUUUGGAGAAUAGUGUGGACUUUUAAAUGGGCUACACAGUCAACUUAGUUGUUUUUUUUUUUUUGUUUUUUUUUAAAUGCACUUAUCACAUUUGUAAAUUAUUUCAAAGUAGCAAGGGAGCAUGCUGGGAGUGGAUUAUGCCAAGAGAGACCCUGAAAGGAGUUUUUAUGAACAAAAAAAAAAAUGUAGGAAUAUACAAACUGCAUAGCACAAAAACAGUGUUCUCAAGAUAGCCUCGGGAUUCUAAAAUUAGUCUGCACCGAUGGUGUGUGUGUGUGUGUGUGCGUGCGCGUGUGUGUGUCUGUGUUCAUUCUCUGAACCUGCUUGUUCCAGUCUAGCCUGCACUAGUCAGGAGGGAGGCUGCAGUCGGCUCGGUGCCUGUGAGUGAAGUCGGACGCCUCGGUCGGGCCACAGAAAGGACGUGCGCACUUGAACCCCACCCCACCACAUUUAAUAGAUCUGCGGUAUAUACAGUACCGUAUGGCGCUACUGGCCCAUUGGAUCCAGUGUCUUGGUGUCAGGUCGUGCACUGGGGCAGUGCGACAAUGUCUAUGUGGAGUCUGCAUGGUGACAGUUCAGCUAGGAACUUCUGUGUUCCUCCAACAAUCCUCGAAGGCAUGAAGGACUCCAGACUGAGCAAUUGUGUGAGUGGGAGCUCUAUGGGCUGGCGACCACAUUUAUUAGUCAAUUACUGAUUGUGCACGUUUUACAUCUACUGUAUAUACUUAGUCAGCACAGUAUCUGCAAUAUCGGUCUGUCUGUUAUAAAGGGCCUUUUCAUACCUGUGUCUGCCCAUCUAUUUAUAUAGUGCCUUUUAUAUGUAAUCUAUCUAUCUAAUCCUGCCUAUUACACUAAAACAUCUAUCUAUCUAUUAUAUAGUACCCUUCACAUCUAUCCCAUCUGUCUUUUAUAAUCCUUUUCAUGAAUGUGUCGCUAUUUAUAUAGUGCCUAAUCUAUCUAUCUAAUCCUGCCUAUUACACUAAAGUAUCCUUCCUACCUAUCUAUCUAUCUAUCUAUCUAUCUAUCUAUCUAUCUAUCUAUCUAAACCUGCCUAUCACACUAAAGUAUCCUUCCUAUCUAUCUGUCUAUCUAAUCCUGCCUAUUAGAUAUCUAUCUAUUAUAUAGUACCCUUCACAUCUAUCCCAUCUGUCUUUUAUAAUCCUUUUCAUGAAUGUGUCUGUUCAUCUAUUUAUAUAGUGCCUAAUCUAUCUAUCUAAUCCUGCCUAUUACACUAAAGUAUCCUUCC